UACGCAUGCGCUUUGGAAGGAAGGGUGAGCUGUCUGGGGGACCGGCAGGGGGCGGGCCUUGGCUGAGGUCCCGCAGCGACUGCGCGGACAGGUUCCCGACUGGAACAUGGCGACUUGCGCUGAAAUCCUGCGGAGCGAGUUCCCAGAAAUUGACGGACAAGUCUUCGACUACGUGACGGGCGUCUUGCACAGCGGCAGUGCGGACUUCGAGUCUGUGGAUGACCUGGUGGAAGCUGUGGGGGAACUGUUGCAGGAGGUGUCCGGGGACAGCAAGGAUGACGCGGGCAUCAGGGCCGUGUGUCAGCGCAUGUACAACACUCUGCGCCUGGCUGAGCCACAGACCCAGGGAAACAGCCAGGUGCUACUAGACGCUCCCAUCCAGUUGUCAAAGAUAACAGAGAACUACGACUGUGGCACCAAACUUCCAGGACUUCUAAAGAGGGAACAGUCGUCGACAGUGAAUGCGAAGAAGCUAGAAAAAGCUGAAGCUCGACUGAGGGCAAAGCAGGAGAAGCGCUCAGAGAAGGACACAUUCAAAACCAAUAACCCUCUAGUCUUGGAAGAGGCAUCAGCCAGCCAGGCAGGCAGCAGAAAGGAGAGUCGAUUGGAAUCAUCUGGCAAGAACAAAUCCUAUGAUGUGCGAAUUGAGAACUUUGAUGUGUCCUUUGGCGAUAGGGUACUGCUGGCUGGAGCAGAUGUGAACCUGGCAUGGGGCCGCCGCUAUGGGCUGGUGGGUCGUAAUGGCUUGGGGAAGACGACACUGCUGAAGAUGCUGGCCACCCGGAGCCUGCGGGUUCCAGCCCAUAUUUCCCUGCUGCAUGUAGAGCAGGAGGUUGCUGGAGACGACACCCCUGCCCUGCAGAGUGUCCUGGAGAGUGACACUGUGCGAGAAGAUCUCCUGCGGCGGGAGCGGGAGCUCAGUGCCCAGAUUGCUGCUGGCAGGGCUGAGAGCUCAGAAGCUGCACAGCUGGCAGAAGUCUAUGCCAAGUUGGAAGAGAUUGAGGCUGACAAAGCACCUGCCAGGGCAUCAGUCAUUCUUGCUGGGCUUGGCUUUACCCCUAAAAUGCAACAGCAGCCCACCCGGGAGUUUUCAGGUGGCUGGAGGAUGAGACUGGCCCUGGCACGGGCACUGUUUGCUAGGCCAGAUCUGCUGCUGUUAGAUGAACCCACAAAUAUGCUGGAUGUACGGGCCAUCCUGUGGCUGGAGAAUUACCUGCAGACGUGGCCCUCCACAAUCCUGGUCGUCUCCCAUGACCGCAACUUCCUGAAUGCCAUAGCCACAGACAUCAUCCACCUGCACAGCCAGCGGCUGGACGGUUACCGGGGAGACUUUGAGACCUUCAUCAAGAGCAAGCAGGAGCGGCUGCUCAACCAGCAGCGUGAAUACGAGGCCCAGCAGCAGUAUCGCCAGCAUAUCCAGGUUUUCAUUGACCGGUUUCGCUACAAUGCCAACAGAGCCUCUCAAGUGCAGAGUAAACUCAAGAUGCUGGAGAAGCUACCAGAGCUGAAACCCGUGGACAAGGAGUUGGAGGUAGUGAUGAAGUUUCCCGAUGGGUUUGAGAAGUUCUCACCACCAAUUCUGCAACUAGAUGAGGUGGAUUUCUACUAUGAUCCUAAGCACAUCAUCUUCAGCCGUCUCUCCGUCUCUGCUGAUCUUGAAUCCCGUAUUUGCGUGGUUGGGGAGAAUGGGGCUGGGAAGUCUACCAUGCUGAAGUUGCUUAUGGGGGACCUGGCCCCUGUUCGGGGCAUCAGACAUGCUCACAGGAAUCUAAAGAUCGGCUAUUUCAGCCAGCACCAUGUGGAGCAGCUGGACCUGAAUGUUAGUGCUGUAGAACUGCUGGCACGCAAAUUCCCUGGUCGGCCUGAAGAGGAGUACCGUCACCAGCUGGGCCGGUACGGCAUCUCUGGAGAGCUGGCCGUGCGCCCUGUUGCCAGCUUGUCUGGGGGCCAGAAGAGCCGGGUAGCGUUUGCUCAGAUGACCAUGCCCUGCCCCAACUUCUACAUUCUGGAUGAACCCACAAACCACCUGGAUAUGGAGACAAUUGAGGCUCUGGGCCGUGCUCUCAACAAUUUCAGGGGUGGUGUGAUUCUGGUGUCCCACGAUGAGCGCUUCAUCAGGCUGGUGUGCCGGGAGCUGUGGGUGUGCGAAGGAGGCGGCGUCACCCGGGUCGAGGGGGGAUUUGACCAGUACCGAGCCCUUCUCCAGGAACAGUUUCGCCGUGAGGGCUUCCUCUAGGGCCACCAGGCUGAGGACUCUGCCCAGGACCUGGACUGGUCUCCCAGACCCCUGGGCUACCAUGUAGGCAACCAUCUCCAGGCCACGGACUUCCCCCAACUUUGGGGACAGCCUUAUUCCUAAAUCUCUCCUUUUGACUGGAGCAUCCUCUGUGCGAACCCAGGGAGCCCCACCUAAGGGUCUUUGAGGACUGGUCUUCCAAGGGGAAAGGGAGUGGGGGGUGCCCUCUGGGAUUCUAUAUCCCCCGUAUUGCCCCAGCUGCGACUGGGCCAUGAGUGGCUGCUGUGUAAAUUAAAUCUCCCUGCAUCUCCCUUGCCUCACCUGCUCCCUGGUGCAGGGCUGCAGUGUUUGCCCACUGA